AGAGACUUCCCAUUGUUCUGGCACUGAAUCACUGUCACUUACUGCAUUGUACCUGCUCUGCCUUACCUUGCUACCUUGCCUCGCUCUUGUCGUAUAAAGCUCCACGCUCGUCUCCUCUUCCAAAAAUGCGGCCUUUCUCUCUUGCAUCCAUCCCUCGCGCUACUCGUAUCACUACUCGAAUCAACCCGUUUUUUACUCAACCUCGAAACUUCUCCUUUACACAAGCAACCAUGGGCGUUGAAAAGACUAUUAUCACGCAGGGUAGCGGCCCUUCCCCCCAGGUUGGCCAGAAGGUCACCAUGGAGUACACUGGCUGGCUCCAGAAGGAGGACGGUACCAAGGGCGACCAGUUCGAUACCUCUGUCGGACGCGGCGACUUUGUUGUCAACAUUGGCGUUGGCCAGGUCAUCAAGGGUUGGGACGAGGGUGUCACCCAGAUGAAGCUUGGCGAGAAGGCUACUCUCCACAUCUCCCCUGACUACGGCUACGGUCCUCGCGGCUUCCCCGGUGCCAUCCCCCCCAACUCUACUCUCAUCUUCGACGUCGAGCUCAAGAAGAUCGGUUAAGCGUGCCCUUCGUCUCCCGUCAUCUUUCGAUCGAUCUCGGAUUAUUUAGGCUCUGACGAACCUGUUGAAAGCCAACAAUGUGCACCAGUACCUUUCGAAGAUCAACCCGGUGUUCCUCAUACCCCUUCAGACAUACAUCACUUGGGUGCAAUGCCAAACAGACAUUGCUAUCGUUACCUAGACGGCGAAAUUAAAAAAGCAUCAAACCACUCAGAGUCCUAUAC